AAUAGCUCGAAUUUAAGGGAAUCACAAAUUAACCCAUUUCAGGAAAACAUUUGCCUUUGAGUUUUUCAUCAAUCGGUUGUUUCCAUUUCCAGGUUUCAAUCGAAAUUCCCUCUCUUUCUCUUUCUCUCUGUAUCUUUCGAUUUGAUCUGGGUUUCAUGUGUACAUAGAUCGAAGUUUGGUCAUCUGGGUCUUGUAAAUUUGUAGGUUUUUAGGGAUUUUUACUUGUAAAGCGUCUCUCUUUCUAAUGGUUUCUCCGGGUAAGUGAUCUAUUAGGGUUUAGGAUUUUAGCGGUGGGAAAGCUGUGUGGCUUCUUCUUGAUUGAGUUCUCUUGCAGCUUUCUCACAGGUCGAGAUUCUGGGAUUGUAUUAGAAUUUGGUAAUCAUAGACUGGUAGAGAUUUGAGAUUGAAUUAGACGAAUUACAAGGUUAUCGGAUUUGGGGUUUCUUGAUUCUCUGUAAUCAUGGCGGAUGCUAUUGGUGCUGUAUCUUUGGUGGGUCAUCGACCUUCGAUUGUGAGGAUUUCUGUCAAGAAUGAAUCGAAAACGCAGAAAUCGCAGAACGUGGUUCGAUUCCCGGUGAAGGUAGAUCCCAGUACGAAAGUGGUUAUCUCUGAUCUGAUGCUGAGUGUGAGAAAGAACAGAAUGUCGAUGUUCCCGAUCAGAGCUCUUGCUAUGGAACUGACGAAGGAGAUGCCUGCGUACAAGAAAAGAGACGAGAGGUUGCCAAAAACUUGGAAUUACCUUGAUUCCGGUUCGGAUAACAAACCCGGUUUAUGGCCUCCUGAGAACAAAGCCGAUAAGCCUUCCUUGCACAAUCCUUUGUUGAGGCAAGAACGUAUGGGUUGUGGUUGGUUAGGUGCGAUAUUUGAGUGGGAAGGAGUGUUGAUUGAAGACAAUCCUGACCUUGAGAAUCAAUCAUGGCUUACUUUAGCUCAAGAAGAAGGAAGAUCUCCUCCUCCAGCUUUUAUCCUCAGACGCAUUGAAGGGAUGAAAAACGAGCAAGCGAUUUCAGAGGUUCUAUGUUGGUCGAGAGAUCCAAGUCAAGUGAGAAGGAUGGCUUUGCGUAAAGAAGAGAUUUUUCAAGCUCUACAUGGAGGAGUGUACAGACUAAGAGACGGGUCACAGGAGUUUGUGAAUGUUCUGAUGAAUAACAAGAUCCCCAUGGCAUUGGUAUCUACACGUCCCCGGGAAACACUGGAGAACGCGGUUGGAUCAAUAGGAAUCAGAAAGUUCUUCAGUGUGAUAGUUGCAUCAGAAGAUGUUCACAGAGGUAAACCGGAUCCUGAGAUGUUUGUUUAUGCAGCUCAGCUUCUUGAUUUCAUACCGGAACGCUGCAUCGUGUUUGGAAACUCGAACCAGACCAUAGAGGCGGCUCACGAUGGGAGGAUGAAAUGUGUGGCUGUUGCUAGUAAACACCCGAUGUACGAGCUUGGUGCGGCUGAUCUGGUGGUGAGAAGACUAGACGAGUUAUCUGUUGUGGAUUUGAAGAAACUUGCGGCUAUUGAAUUGGCAGAAUUCGAACCGGAAUUGGAGAUGGAAAAGGAAGAUGAGCGUGAGCUGCCUUCAUCGGCUGUAGGAGUUGAUGAUAUCUUCUGAUGGAAAUGAUCUUCUUCUGUAAUAUUGUACAGUUUUAUGGAUUUGGAUUCUUCUUCCUCGUGUAAUUCGUAUUCACAAAAUGUUAUAGUUUCUGUGUAUAAUUGGAACAGGUUACACGGGGAAAGAAUAUAAAUGUACACGUAUACAUAUACUUUUUCGUCUUGAAUCUUAGUGUUAGUGUUGUAUGCA